CCAGUAUUUUUAAUUAUAAUUUGUUUUACAUAUGAUAAAAUUUUUGCUGAAUUAAUUGAUAUUUCCAAAAUUGAUAUGUCAAAUGAAGAGAAAUGUGUGCAGUUCGUUCCUAAUGAUGAUAUUGAAAUCGUUGACAACAAUAUAAUGCGACAAUCAUUGUCUUCUAUUACAAGAGAACUUCAAAGAUUCCAUUUCAAAGAUCAAGAUUCUAAAGCUGAAUGUAACGUAUUUGAGAUAGUUAAACAAUGCAAAGAAAAUUUAAAAUCUAAGAGGAAGAAGAUGAAAAAAUUGAACGAAAAAAUCAAAACUGCUUGCUUUGUAGCAAGUACCGUUAUGUCGGCUAAGGCUAGAGAAUCUGAUAAAAUGAAAACACUUGUUGAAACUAUUGAAAACAAUUCUGAAAAAGUUAUUCAAGACAAUACAAAAUUGAAGCAAAUUAUUGAAGACCUAACCAAGGAAAACUUAAAGGUUUACAAUAAAAUCGACAAUCUAAAUAGCUGGAUUAACUUGGGUUAUGAAAAAUUACAGAAUCUUCGUAAUCAACCUGUUGAAGAUGUAAGCGUUUUUAAUAAAUUAAAAACGAUAAUAUUUUAUUGUGGUCAGUAUUAUGCCGAUUACCAAAAUGAGAUGCAAAGAUGUGAACAAUUAGAACAAAAAUCGCGCUUCUAUUAUAACAAGUUGAAAAUUUUGGAAAGCGAUUAUAAGAAUGUUACACAUGAAGUUAAAAGUUUACGUUAUCAGAAUAUGAUGUUGCAACGCAUAAAAUACAAUGAAAAUAGUCUUAUCACAAAUACACCAGUAGUACUUACUGGAAGUGCAGUGAAAAAUUUUCAGAAAAAUGCUUCCGAAGAAAAUCUAUCAACGCUUUGUAAACGUAAAAAAGAACCGGAACCUUUUGAUUUAUCAUUACAUUUAUCCAUUGUUCGAAAACUACUUCACGAUCAAAGUACAAUGAUUCAAAACUUAAAUCAACUGUCAGAAGAACUUAAUAUAUGUGAAUAAUUAUUGUUAAAAUUAUAUAACUCCCUUAUUAUUAAUCAUUGCUGGUCAAAAACCAUAGUAAAUCUGCAGAGAAUUAAUGUGUUCACAAAAAAGCUCUACAAAAGUUACUACGCGCAUUUAAAACAUCAGGAAUGAAAGGUAGUUUGUACAAUUUUAUUAAAAAACUGAUUAUGCUGACACUUAAGUUACAUUCUUGAUAACUUGAUAACGUUUAUAAAAUAUAACAUGAAAGAAUACUAAUGAAUUGAGUGUAUCUAUGAUGCGACGUGUAGCGAAAAAAUAAGGCCUCUAAAAGUGCAGAGCAAUCGGAUUCACAAGGUGCAUCAGGCUCACAGAGCUAUUGCUAUUUCGUUACCGGUCGGUUGUCACAGCCGAAAUGUCUUU